AUGCCGAUUGACUUGUGCAAGACGCCAUGGAACGUCCAGAAGAUCUGUGAGGAGGCCACCUUGAAGGAGUUGAAUGCCGAUCUCCGGCGCGCGGUCACGCGCGGCGAGUCCGUGCCGAAGGAGUACAAGUUGCAGGCACCUGGUGAGGAGGUGCAGCUCCAGGGCAUGCGCCGGCACGAGGGCCUGAAUGGGCGCCAGGGCGAGGUUCUUAGCCGCAUCGCGGAUGACCAGGGCUUCCUCCUCGUGCGUGUGCAGAUGGAGGACGGGGCCGCCAAGAACAUGCGCGUGCAACCGCGAUGCCUAAAGCCCAUCCGGCAUCCGAAGGACAAGCGAACGCGGGGAGCGCGCCUGGCGGGGUUCGUUGAUCUGCAGCACGGCAUGGACCCGGAGGUCGCCAUGUCUGCCUUUUCCUCGCGGCCGCCCACGGCAGCUAGCACCACGGUGCCAAGUGUGGCCCGAACACAGGAGGGCUUCCUGCCGGAGGUCCUGAAGCCAAAGACUCCCAUCCCAGAGCAGCUUCCAGUUGUCGCCUACCUCUUGAAGCAUGCCGUGGACAUCCAUGCCUGUGACGGCGAAGGCACGCCCGGCAUACUUCCUCUGCUUCUUGGCUCGAUCCUGUGUUUGGAAGAAGCGAGAGAGCGUAUACGAAGCGUCCAGGAUUACGAGCUGAAGCGUACUGUGGCCACAGCCUUCCAUGUCCUCUUCCUCUCCUUCGCCGCCUACCGCGACUGCCAGAUGCGGAAGCAGGGCUGGUGGAAGGAGGAGUACUUCCUCACCCGCGACGCCGCGCACGCGCAGGCUCUGAAGAUCAAGCUGCACGUCCGCUUCCGCGCGGUGCUGUGCUCGGCUGCGAAGGCAAUUCGAGCGAAGGAAGGCACUUCGUGGCUGUCGAAGCAGCUGGGCGUACAGUUCGUGAGGACCGCUGCUGCUGACCGUCUGUACCUCACCGAGCUGGACGUGCAGUUUAUGCUUCUGCACAUGUACCAGGUGACCUUCGCCACAGAGGAGUCCGCAUGGACGCGCAAGCGGAAUGCCGACUUCCUGGCUUUGCAGCUCAAGGUGCAACAGGCAAUAACCACGGCCUACAGCGAUUUCGUCUCCAAGCCCAGCGUUUGCCAGCGCUUCUGCGUUUUGCUGGGUCACAUCCAGCCGCACACGUCCGUGCUGUCCUACUCCCUCGUGACGCGCUGCCUCCUCCGCGCCUGCGUGGUGGUGGCCAACAUCUUCGGACGCGUCGCGCUCUCGGUGGUCUAUUUCCUUGUGAACGCAGACAGCCGGGCCAGAAUCACUGCUGCCUCGUGCGCGUCUGCGGGCAAAAGGCAGUACGUCGAUGACGUUGCCCGGGGCAUCUUCCUGCAGAUCCUGUUCAGCUGCAUCUCAAGGAUGCUCCUCCUUCUCUGGACAGCCGGGAUGAUGCUCUUUCACAGCCGCGAAUUCAAGCAGGACCACGAGUGGGACACUGAGUCGCGGCGACAGCAGGUCGUGCGAUGGUGGAUCCGCGAUGCAGUUUUCGCAGCCCUCAUCCUGCUCUACUCGGUGCUUUGCGGCACCCUCGGCGCGGCUUACGUCGCCAGCGCCUCCGACGAGGAUGGGCAGCGCUGGCUCGUGAGUUUUGCGACCAUGGUGCUGCUCACCGCACUCGGAGAGCCCUUGGUCAAGAGCCUGCUGUGUGCAGUCGUGGCCGGCGCUUCCAUUAAGGAAGAAGGAGGCCUGCGCCUACAGGACUGCCUCGCGCUCGAGGUUGGGGUAGGGCCAGAGAGGACGGGGCUCUCUGCCAUCACGGAGGUCGACGAGGCGCCAUCACCUCCCGACUGUGGAUUGCCAAUCCCCCACCGGGGCGCCAGCAGAUCAGAUCUGGCAGCGCAGAGUGACGGAAUCAAGCAGUUCCCAGGGGCCGCAGCUGGCGCCACAGCUGGUGCGGCUGGCGGCGGUGCGUCUUCGCCCAUUCCCUCAGGAAAAAGCAGCCACAGCGUGGCUUCGCCUCCGAAGCCUCGUGGGGGUCGGGAGAGCUGGCGGGCACGCAGGCCGAGUGAGCAGCCGACCGACUCGAGCCCCGUUUCGCCUAUCCAGGUAGGAGAAGUCUCACCUACGCCAUAG